AUGGUGACCUGGGCUGUACUCCUUUUAACGUCGUCGGUUGCGGCGACGGCGGUGUUCGAACACAACAAGAUAGUCGGGGGCGAGGAGACGACGGUCGAGCAGUACCCCUCCAUCGUGCAGGUGGAGUUCCUGUAUUCCAUCGGGUGGCACCAGAGCUGCGCCGGCACCAUCAUCACGUCCUCCGUGGUGGUCAGCGCUGCUCACUGCUUUGAUGACGCAGCCGUGGACACCCGGCGCAUCCGAGCGGGUUCCUCCUUCAGGAACUCCGGGGGCACCAUCGUCGGCCUGCUCUCGUUCCGGAACCACCCGGAGCACGGCAUUCUUGCGGACAACGACGCGGACAUCAGUCUGCUGUACCUGGCGCAGGAGCUGGUGUUCAGCGCCUCGGUGCAGCCCGCGCCCAUCCCGCCGCAGGACGCGCAGCUGCCCGACGGCUCGGCGGUCACCCACGCCGGCUGGGGACGCACCACGCCUGGCGGGGAAUUGUCGCCGGUGGUGCGUGAGGUGACGAUCUACACGGUGAACAACGCGGAGUGCGCGGACCGCUACGUGUCCGGAAUCACGGAGAACAUGAUCUGCGCCGGCAUCCUGGACGUGGGCGGCAAGGACGCCUGCCAGGGCGACUCGGGCGGCCCGCUGUACCAUGACGGCGGCCUCGUGGGAGUGGUCUCGUUUGGCAAUAGCUGCGCUUAUCCCCGAUACCCGGGAGUGAGCACCCGUGUGUCUGCCUUCACUACCUGGAUCUUGGACAACAUAGACAAUCCGGUUUGA